AUGCCCUCGCAAGGAGUCGCUAUCAACGUUCGGAUGGCCGCCGAACUUGAAAGAACCGAACAGGUUCGCGCUAAGAUCCAAAUUAAGAACCCAUUGUUGAGAAAUGCUCUCUCUGAGUUCUUUGGAACUUUUAUACUCCUUUUCAUCGGAAUUGGAAUUGUGAUGCAGUUCAUUCUCUCCAAUGAGAAACUCAACACUUGGAUCAACAUCAACUUGGGAUGGGGAUUGGCUAUCGCCUUCUGUGUCUACUUGUGUUCUAAGACCUCUGGAGGACACUUCAACCCAGCUGUCUCUAUUGCUUUCGUUACCCUGGGAAAACUCCCAGUCAAGGAUUUCCUUGUCUACUGCGUCGUCCAAACCAUUGGAGCCGCUCUUGGAUCUCUUGCUGCAUUCGGAAUCUACUACGACCAGUUCAACAAGUUUGCCGGAGGCUACCGUACUAUCAUUGGAGCCAAGGCCACCGCCGGAUGCUUCUGCUCUUACCCAGCUCUUCAUGUCUCCAACACCACCGCUUUCUUCGAUCAAUUUGCCGGAACCGCUCUCCUUGUCCUCUUCGUCUGUGUUGUCAUUGAUAAGAGAAACGGAAUCCCAGCCGCCGCUCACCCACUUCUCUUCGGACUCGUUGUCAUGAUGAUCGGAACUUCCCUAGGAAUGAACCUCGGAUACCCAAUCAACCCAGCUCGUGAUCUCGGACCAAGACUUAUCAGCUACUUCAUCUACGGAUCUGGAGUUUUCAGCUACCACUCCUACUACUUCUGGGUCCCAGUUAUUGCUCCACUAGUCGGAGCUGUCGCCGGAGCCUGGUCUUACACUUUCUUCGUUGGAGCCCACAUCCCAGAUCAACGUGAAACCACCUACGUUCUUGUCGAUGAAGCCAACCAACCACUCAAGCUUGCGUAA